AUGGGGAACUGCUGUUCAAGAGAUAACGAACCCCCAAACGACGCCCACGCCACAGAAGACGCAAAUCAAGAAUCCGUCAAUGGCGACCGACAUCACAACAACAAUGGUUCACCCGACGACAGCCCAUCUGGAAGCAAAGGCAUACCCAGUUCCUCCUCCGUCGGAAGAUCAUCAAAAGGUGGUGCAGCCCAGAUCGGGACAGUGUUAGGACGUCCAAUGGAAGACGUACGCAAUACAUAUAACAUUGGUAAAGAACUGGGCAGGGGACAGUUUGGUGUUACCUAUUUAUGUACCAACAAACAGAGCGGCGAUCAGCUUGCUUGUAAGACGAUCGCGAAGAGAAAGCUCGGUAAUAAUGAAGAUAUCGAGGAUGUUAGACGAGAGGUUCAGAUUAUGCAUCAUCUUGCCGGUCAGGCUAAUAUUGUUGAGCUUAAAGGUGCGUUUGAAGAUAAACAGUCGGUUCAUUUGGUCAUGGAACUCUGCGGUGGAGGUGAACUGUUUGAUCGUAUAAUCUCAAAGGGACAUUAUACAGAACGCGCGGCUGCGUCUUUGCUGAGAACGAUUGUACAGAUCGUUCAUACUUGUCAUACUAUGGGUGUCAUUCAUAGGGAUUUAAAACCAGAGAAUUUUCUUUUGUUGAACAAAGAUGAGAAUUCUCCUCUCAAAGCCACUGAUUUCGGUCUAUCUGUCUUCUACAAACAAGGGGAUGAAUUUAAAGAUAUAGUUGGAAGUGCAUAUUACAUUGCUCCUGAAGUAUUGAGAAGAAACUAUGGACCAGAAGUUGAUAUAUGGAGUAUUGGUGUUAUGCUCUAUAUUCUUCUAUCCGGUGUUCCACCAUUUUGGGCAGAGUCGGAGCAUGGCAUUUUUAACGCUAUUUUACGUGGGCACGUCGAUUUCUCGGGGGAUCCAUGGCCUGCGAUCUCACAAGGAGCAAAGGAUCUGGUGAAAAAGAUGCUUUGUGCAGAUCCUAAACAGAGAUUAUCGGCCUUUCAAGUUCUAUGGAUUAAUGUAGAUCAUCCAUGGAUUAAGGAGGAUGGUGAAGCACCCGACACACCACUUGAUAAUGCAGUUCUAUGUAGGCUCAAACAGUUUAGAGCCAUGAACAAGUUCAAGAAAGUUGCUCUUAGAGUUAUUGCUGGGUGUUUGUCCGAGGAAGAAAUUAUGGGACUAAAACAAAUGUUCAAAGGAAUUGACGUUGAUAACAGUGGCACUAUCACACUUGAAGAACUAAAGCAAGGGCUAGCCAAACAAGGCACAAAAUUAUCUGAAUAUGAAGUUAAACAAUUGAUGGAAGCGGCUGAUGCAGAUGGAAAUGGCACCAUAGACUAUGACGAAUUCAUAACCGCGACAAUGCAUAUGAAUAGAAUGGACAGGGAAGAACAUCUCUACACCGCGUUCCAAUAUUUCGACAAAGACAAUAGCGGGUAUAUUACGAUGGAGGAAUUGGGGCAAGCUCUUAGGGAAUUUGGAAUGGAUGAUGGGAGGGAUAUAAAGGAGAUAGUUUCUGAAGUGGAUGCGGAUAAUGAUGGUCGGAUUAACUAUGACGAAUUUGUGGCAAUGAUGAGAAAGGGUAACCCGGAGGCAGCGCAAAAUCCUAAGAAACGACGUGACGUGUUCAUUGAGGAGUGAAAGCCGAUAAAUUAAGUUAUGGAAUGGAAUUUUCUGAAUUUAUAUAUAGUGUGAAUUAUGUAAAUUCGGAUAAG